ACUUGCCUGUAAAAUAUUUGACUGACAGUAGUUUUUAGUGGAAAAACUAGUUACACAAAAUUGGUAACAGUUCUUAUUCUGGCUCAGUUUCGAGUAGAUGUAUUUUUUGCUUGCUCUACCACAGACGUAAUAUGUAUUUUUGUUUUUAACAAAUGUAAAGCACUGUCCAAAUGUUAUGCAGGUAAGUGUAAAAUUGGCAACAGAUUUUACAUGCGUUGUGUAAUGUAGUUGAACACGCUGUGCUAUAGAAAGACGAAAAAAGGCCUGUGCUGUGUAAGGCAUUUGCGAAGCCCCAUAGACUGUUGUGGAAUCGGCCUCUCUUCAGUUACAGCUUGCUUGGCAGCGGGCGCUUUUAAUGCCACUCUUACUUCCAGAGCUUUGGGGCAGAAGGAAUGUGCAGCUUGUGCCAAGGUGCCAUUUUCAUUGUCCACCUUGGUUUGAUUUUAAGAGGGGGCUUGGAAUAAUUGCCACACAUUUGUGCUUACAAAUUAAGUGACCCCCUUGGAACCCACAAAAUGUCCCGACCGCAAAGCAGACCCACUUGCAGGGAGAUGUAAAACUUUUUCCCCUUUUCUUUCUUGUUUCUUUCCCAGUCCCCUUUUCAGGUUCUUAACACUCAUGCAUAUGUCUGUUUGUGUAUUUGCAUUUAGCGGAGCGAGGGGGUUCUUCUUCACAAAAGCGUCUACGGCUAAUAGAUUCUGUCUACGGCACUUUCUCGACAGGCUUUGUGUGCUCCAAAAGGGUUCUCUGGGCUUGUGCUGUGGGGUCGGGCCGCUGUAGGAAUGCAGGGCUGUUUGAUAAGAAAGCUGGAAACAGUGAGGGGCGCAUGCUCUGGUGUGCCAGCGUACAGGGGCUUGGACUUGGAGCAUGCUCGGAGAGAGUGGGAAAAGAGAGAGAGAGAGAAAAAGUGAGAGAGAGAGAGGCAGAGUGAGGCUUUUCAAAUUGUCUGUUGUGUGUUGGCACGACGCGAGCAGACGCGGUAAACAGUGGCAUCCUCCUUCUGUGUGCUUGCAACACCUGCAGAUCCAUACAGGCCAGCGCUGCAUCUGUAACUGCAGUGGAAAUGGAUGAGUUCCAUCCCUUCAUCGAGGCGCUGCUCCCUCACGUGCGCUCCAUCGCCUACACCUGGUUCAACCUACAGGCAAGGAAGCGCAAAUACUUCAAGAAGCACGAGAAGCGGAUGUCCAAGGAUGAGGAGCGAGCGGUGAAGGACGAACUGCUGAGUGAAAAGCCUGAGAUCAAGCAGAAGUGGGCGUCGCGCCUCCUGGCCAAGCUGCGCAAGGACAUCCGGCAGGAGUACCGUGAGGACUUUGUGCUCAGCGUAACGGGCAAGAAGCACCCAUGCUGUGUGCUGUCCAACCCUGACCAGAAGGGCAAGAUACGGCGCAUCGACUGCCUGCGGCAAGCGGAUAAGGUGUGGCGGCUGGACCUGGUGAUGGUCAUCCUGUUCAAAGGCAUCCCCCUGGAGAGCACGGAUGGUGAGCGGCUUGUCAAGUCGCCACACUGCACCAACCAGGCACUCUGUGUCCAACCCCACCACAUCACUGUCUCUGUUAAGGAGCUGGACCUGUUCCUGGCCUACUACGUCCAGGACCAAGACUCUCAGCAGUCAGGAAGUCCCAGUAACAAUGAGCCUGGCAAGAACCCUCCAGUUUACUUGGAAGACAGCUUUGUCAAAUCAGGAGUCUUCAGUGUUUCAGAGCUGGUGAGAGUAUCCAGAACUCCUAUCACGCAGGGGGCAGGGGUGAAUUUCACAAUGGCAGACAUGCCCAGUCAGCCAUAUUACCAUGACCUGAACUCAGUGAGCUUACACCGCUCACUCCCUUCUCCUCAUGGCAGCAAACGAGCCAAGACGAUUCCAGAGGACAGUAUGGAGACCAGUCCCACCGGCCCAGACUUCUACUCCUCCCCCAGCUCACCAGUCAGCCGACCCUGGCAUGAGAGAGACCAAGCUGAGAUGUCCUCUCCCACCAUGAAGAAGGCGGAGAAGCCUCUGUUCAGCCCCACGUCCCCUCAGGACUCUUCACCCCGCCUGAGCUCCUUCCCCCAGCACCAUCACCCAGGCCUGACCAGUGUGGGCCACAGUGUGAUUUCCACCAGGAGUCCCCCCCCUCACUCUCCGCUGCAGUUCUCAGCUCCUGCCAUCCUUCCCCCUGCUCCCUCAUCCUACUUUUCCCAUCCCACCAUCCGCUACCCACCCCACCUAAACCCACCCGACUCCCUCAAGAACUACGUGCAGCCUUAUGACCCGUCCAGCCCCCAGAGUAGCCAGCCAAACAGCAGUGGUCAGGUGGUGGGGAAGGUUCCAGGCCACUUCACGCCAGUGCUGACCCCGUCUCCCCACCACGGCGCAGUCAGACCAGUCUCUCUCUCCAUGCCUGACACCAAGCCAAUCACCACAUCCUCAGAGGGUUAUUCAGCCCCUGGCACCCCAACUGCUAACCGUUUUGUGGGACUGAGCCCUAGAGACCCUGCCUUCAUCCACCAGCAACAGCUGAGGAUUUGUGACUGGCCCGUGAAUCAAAACGUCAGGUCUUAUGGCUCAGAGGAGGCUUUGGGGAUUUCUUGGCAAAGUCCUGGUACCUGGGCGAGCUUAAUUCCAUUCCAAGUGUCGAACGGGACUCAGAUUCUGCCAACAAAUGUCCAGAAUUACAGCAUAAACAUCAUUGGUGAGCCCCUUCUCCAGGCAGAGACAAGCAACUGACUGAGUGGGGCCGAGCCUAGAUUCUGGAGUGACAGGUCCGUGGACAAACCAGCAAGCAGCACUUAUACAAUCGCCAUUGACUUUUGUCCCUCCCACUGAAGGACUUUGGCCUAGAACAGAAGAGUGGGCUGGUUCAAAGCUGGCACGAGCCUCUCCAUGCCAGUCAGUCGUUGUGUGAGGCGGCCCCUCAGCUGACAUACUGUGAUAUUUACCAUAAAAAAAUUAGAUGCCUUAAUGUUUUUGCAUGACACGCUAGUCUCUUGUAGUGUUUUCUCUCAUUCUUACGUCACAAUUUCUAGUCUUGAUUUUUGAGCAGGUGUAGAAGGAGAGGCACACAAGGGCUGGCUGGCUGGACAUUUUUUGGAAAGCAGGCUCCAAUUCUGACAAACGCAUCAAACAAGGCUCAACCUAUUCAUUGCAUACCAUAGGAACAACUUUCAGCAAUUCAGAUGUUUCUGUUUUUAUUUUACCCUCUAAAUUUCAGUUUUUGUGAUCAGAAGUCACCUUUUAGUAUCUGUAAUCUUGUCAAUCCUGGAUUUGUACUUCCUUUAAAGGUAAAGGUUAACUUUACUCUCUUAAGAGUUAAGAACUCUGGAAACUUUUUUUCAGUGAAAGAAAAAGAUCUGUAUUACUAGGUUAGAGAAACAACCCCAUUCAUUUUUGAUAUAUCCUAGAAAGGAUUUUCAAAAAACGAAAAAAAGAAAAUAUCUCGUAUGAGGCAAGUGCAAUUUAAAUGAUUUUUUUACUGAAGGGAAGCUAUCAUAGUCUGUCUGCCCUAGGACUCUAAAGGAAGGGGGAACAAAAGUUUUACGUAAACUUUUUAAUCAUGAAUUACAAUUUAAAAUUGCAUCCUCAUAUAUGAAAAUGGGGGAUAGUUGAGGGUGGAAAAGUGUGAUUGAUGGUGAACGUUUACCUGAGCGGAACUAAACACGAACAAAACAGCACUUAUCUUGAGCCGUGCCCAAGCACUCGGGUAGCUUUUGUUUAAUUUAUUUUGUGAAAUGACAAACAGAAACUUAAAAAGGUGAAAAGACACAAAUAUACAGUGUGUAUAAAAUGGCUUAUUUUAAUAACCCACCAAUUUAGUGUGCAUUUUCAUUUGGGCCAUUAGCUUAUAAAGCUACUGUUUACAAUGUGAUAUUACAAGAAACAUGAGGAACGCAGGCUGGUGAAGUAAUUUAAGAGAAAAUGUGUGUGUGUGGGGGCGUGUGCGUGCGUGUGUGUGUGUUAUGUGUAAAAUCUGCACUCAGUUAAACACUAACCUGCAGGGUAAGGCUAGGUCUCAUGGUGCUUCUUUUAUGCCCACUUUGGUGGAUCCCAAGAGUUGCAGUCCCAGAAAUCCACAAUUGUUCACGGCAGUCCCAAUGCCAUCGCCUCUCCAAUCAGAUAUAUUUAUAUAACUAAUCUUUCCAAUAAUCUUAAUUUGCACGAAGAUAUAUAGUCCACAUUACGUGCCUUGCCUUUGAAUAUAGACAUCACUACACUUGUUUUUGCUGCAUUUAUUACCGUUUUAGAAAAAAAUAACAUUUUUAUGAUAAGAAAUAUUUUGUACUCUGGAUGAAAUUGUGACAUUGUUGAUUUUUAGCUCCAUUUACUACUUUAUCUCACAUUUACAGUGCAUAUCAAGGCUGUGUAUAGUUGCCGUUCUAAAGUUUAUAAUCAACCAGCAUUAUUUUUUCAGUAUUUUGGUGUUGUUUUAUUUUUAUUUUUUCAUCUUCCAGUCAUUAUUGGGGAGGGAGGGGUCCAGAAUUAUAAAAAUUAUGCAAUACCAAGUUUUGCCUAUGUAGGUAGUGCUUUUAGCUAUGUCGAUUAAUAGAAGCUAGUAUGGAGAUACAAAUAGUGUACACAUUUAUUUUGUUGAUGUUGUCAUGGUUAAUGUUGUUGUUGAUGUUGUUGUUGUUAUUUUCUUUUUUUUUUAAUUGACCAAAGUGGGAACUGCUUUCUAUGCAGUGUAUGACAAGGUCUUUUUUUUCUCUUGAGUGUACUGAAAGAUGGAGAGGCUCAUGUAAGGGUUGUUUUGUUUUGUAUUCUCUGUGAGGGGAGUAAUUAUUUUUCUACACUUUGUAGCAUGUCUGCAAAGAAUGCACCAUUUGGUAUAAUACGGCUGCAAAAUUCACUGAUCUGUCUACUGUGACUAACCAACACCUUCUUUAAACUUCACACCUGGGGUGCUAGCUCAACUCCUGGAAGAAGCUCAUUUUCAUAGGAGAGACAGCUUGGCUUGAGAGCGACAAUCAGCAAUGGAAUUCGGACAUUUUCAAACAUGUAUAUUGCAAUGAGGUACACAUCACUGAGACCAAUCAAAUUUAUCUUCACAUUUACUUUUGCGCAAUGAGGACAAUGAAUUUUAUCUGUAUACUGCACAUUCACAGAUCAUUCAACAUCUUUAUCAACACACUGUCAUUUCUUAUUGUCGGUACUGCGUCUUGAAAGCUAUGAAGAGUAAUCUAGAGCGUUUGGUCUGCAUAUUAUAAGUAGCAAUAUGCAAUUUCAAAAUAGAUGCCUUAAAUUUUUACAAAAAAUAGAAAAGUGACUUGAUAAAAAAAUGCGUUACAAUCACCACGCAGUCCUGCGUGAUAAAAACUCUCACAAUCAGAAAAUAAAUCUGCUAUCCUUUAUUGUUUUGUUAUCUUGGAGAUAUUCCCAGUUGUAGCCUUAUCGAGAUGUCAGUCAGGCUUGGGGACACCGUAUUAGCUCAUUAUCUGUAUUUUAUAUUCUAUUUGUGAUAAGCUACGGACUUCAGAGGAAGAGCCUUAUCUAUUCCCCAUUUGGUCUGGAGGACCAAGAUAUCUCACUGCUGAUUAAACGUUUAGCACUUAUACAGCACAUAGGCAAUCAUCCACCUACAGUGUCCUUUCAAUUAAACAUUGAAGACUAAAACUCCGUAACUCAGGCAUAAUGCUGCAAGGGGCAUUAUCAGUAUUGGUUAUUAGAUUUUCUUUCAAGAUGACCAUGAAAAAAUGAAAUUUACGUCACGUUUCUGCUGUUUGCCAAGAAGAUGUGAAAUCAUUCAACCUCAAACCAUGUCCUCAAGAAAAAAAAAACAAAUUGGACAUAAAACUCAAGUCAAGCUCACUCUCUCCUCCUUCACAAAUACGCUCAUUCAAUUUAGAAAAGUAAAAAAGUUUUUAAAAAAAUGAAGCCACCCCGUUUUAUGUGCACUGCUCUGCCUUUUUCCUUAGGAUUUGAGAAAAUUGAAGUGUUUUGCAGCCUUUUGGCCAUUGGCAAUGCCACUGAAGUGCAUUUCCCCUAGAGUGAUGGGAGUGUCAGGGUCAUAGUAUUGUUUUUGUGGUUUUAGAUUCGUACAAAAUGGUGAAGAAGGCUGUGGGUAAGGGCCAUUCUGAUGGCCGAAGUAAUAGCAAUAGUCUUUGGUAGUGGUCCUUAGGGGUUAAAAUCUGCUCUGGCAGCUCCGUGAAAUGUGUUGGCGCGGUGCGAGUGUGGCUGUGUGUGUGUGUGUGUGUGUGUGUGUGUGUGUGUGUGUGUGUGUGUGUGUGUGUGUGUGUGUGUUUGUAUAAAGCUGACUCUGACACUACAAGAUGUGAGCAAAUGAGGAUCUUUCUAUUGAAAUGCCUGCCUUGUAGACAAAAGUUUGUACACUGUAAAAGUUUUUUUUCUUUACCAUUGUUUGUAAAAAGCAUGGUUUUUAAAAUAAUGUUUAUGAAUUUGAUGCCCAACUUUUUUUAAUUGUAAAAAUAGGUUACAACAAAGUUGUUUUUGCGUCUUGACGCGAGUUACAGCUCUAGCUGCCCAUAAAAUAAGAAUUAGAAUGAUUGUGAGUUUUUUUGUUUUCAUUUUGUUAUACUUAAAAAGUGGAGGUAAAUUCCUAUUAUGUGGGACUGUAAAUGUUUAAAAGAAAUUGAUGAAGGUCUUUUGUUGUGUUUUGUGUAGAUUAACUUGGAUUUUGGAGACAUUUCAUAAAUGUUCAGAGUGUUGUUUUUUGUUAGUGUGGACAUUGAGUGCGUGUGACGUGAUAAUGUGAUAUCAAAAAUGGGAAGAGAAAUAAUGAUUCGAUUCAUGUUGGCUAGGAUCAUGUUUUGUUAUUUUUCUGGCAAAUAUGGAAAUCCUUGUCACUUUAAAAAGGCACCCGAUUCGAAUCUGCCAACAGCGAGUACCAGGGUAACGUUAACGAUAUUAUAUAUUGUUCUGCUGUCUCGUGCAAAAGAAAGCAUGUUAUUUCCCCAUUGGUAGAAGCUUACCCACAAUACAGUACACAUUUUGGUUUCUGAUGAAACAUUAUUUGUGUGAGACAUACUGUACUGAUGCUGACACUAAGGCAUGUUCGUUUCAUAGUGUUUACAUGUGCCCCGAAGUGGGUAGUGAUUGCCAUGCUAAGAUAAGUGCUCGUCACAUUCAUUGUGUAGUUUUCAAGGGCCAAAUGGUACUGGGAGAACUCCAUCUCCCAGCAGCCUUGAUGUGGCCCCUUAGACAUCCCGUUAUGUCGUCAUCGCAGAAGAGAAUUUGGGCAAACAGCAUUUGCACUUUCCACAGUUCCCACUACCCCUUCCAUUGGUGCGUUGUUUGUUGUUUGGUUUGAGUGUGCUCUAUUUAGCCUGAAUGGUUACAUCUAGUCCGAUUUAGUGUCAUCGUGGUAGCUCAUAACACUUCCCCUUCACCACAGUGUACAGUGUUAUGAAGCUUAUCUGAGGAGUUACAGUCAAUUUCUACACUUCUGUUGUGUUUAAGUAGUGAUUUUUAGAUGUUCCUUCCUUUUAAAGGGCUGUUUAUUUUUUUUUAAUCAGUUUAUUUGUUGAGUAAAUUUUCAUAGCAUUACAUGUAUUACAUUACAUGAGAUGAUGGCCUGGUAAAGUUGAGUAUUACACUUGGAAUUAGUUCUGAAAGCCAUGCUCAUGGACACUGAGAAGCCCACAAAUGUUUUCCUUAUGCAAGGAGGACUAGUGGCACUCAUGCAAUAUCUUGUCUUUAGUUCACAUGAAUGUGGAUCACUGCAGGAAAAAGGCAGGAGGACCUUUUAGUCCAUUUCUACAUUUCCAUGUACAUUAUUAGGGCAUUUUCAAUGGCAUGAAUGAACAUCAGGUUGACAUAAACAGGAACGUUUUAAAAAACCAGCAUAUUAAGAGACGUUUACCAAAAAAAAAAAAAAAAAGACAAAAAAAUGAUAUAUAUAUACAGUAUAUAUAUAUAUAAAUAUAUGUUAAACAGUGCCUGUUCCAGCUCAGAGUCUCAGUGGACUUCCCAUUGUAAAUAAAGAAACAAACACUGAUUGAGAUUUCUUUGGGGAAAAUAAUAAAUAAACAGAAAAAAAACAACUUCAGUCAAAACAGAAUGUGUGGGAUGCCUCUUCGUGCAUUUUUAUCUUUUUUUUUUUUUUUCUUAUCCCCCUGGGUUUUAUGUGAUGUGUCCUUCUUAAGCGUUUUUGUGCUUUGUUCAUUUUUGAAUAUUUUAGUCAUGUUGGAUGGAGUGCCCUGGUCUCUCGAUAUUUCUUUGAUGAGAUUAAAUGAAUAGUUGGGCAGUGUGUUUCUUUAGAUUGUCAAUGCUACACUUAGUACUACAGUAGAUGACAAAAAAAAUUUAAAGUCAGUUGAAAAAAAAGAUGCUUGCCAGCUCCACAGCAGGGUUGAUUUCGUUUGGGUCUUGUGGCACUUUUACACCCUCUGCAAAUUUUCAGACAUGGAUUUAUGACAUGACAACAACAACAGCAACAAAUGUUUUAAGGUUGUAUCAGCCUCUAGUGAUUGUAGUAACACCACAGUUGUAUGCAAACAAAAGGCAAUGUAAGUUCAUGAAUGUAAGUCAUAGACUUUUCCAAACCUUUGUGUUUCAUUCUCAGUUCAGGAAAUGCAGGUAUCCUUCAAGGAGUUGUAUAGCGAAGGCCUUGUUUUUCAGCUGUUUUGAUUUCUUGAGUUUGUGUUUUUUUUUGAGUUUUUAUUGUUUUUCAGUUUUCACAGCUAAACAGUAGGCACUGCCUUCGAGCUAGUUGCAUUUGGGGGCUAAAAUUGCCACAAGAUUAAAAAUGAGUGUAAAUAGCGCUUGACUUUUUUGUGAUUGUUACUGUUAUAUCCAGCCUAUACUGCUAGCAGCUGUUUUUACUGCAGUCAAUUACUGGAAGUGGAUAUAUUUCCUAUGCAAAACUGUUUAAACAAUAAAAUGAGCUAUGCUACAAA